CCAGCAGCAGCGCCCAGAGCAGCCCCAGCAGCAGCGCCAUGGCCGGGUGGAACGCCUACAUCGACAACCUCAUGGCGGACGGGACCUGUCAGGACGCGGCCAUCGUGGGCUACAAGGACUCGCCCUCCGUCUGGGCCGCCGUCCCCGGGAAAACCUUCGUCAACAUCACGCCAGCUGAGGUUGGUGUCCUGGUUGGCAAAGACCGGUCAAGUUUUUUCGUGAACGGGCUGACACUUGGGGGCCAGAAAUGCUCUGUUAUCCGGGACUCGCUGCUGCAGGACGGGGAAUUUACCAUGGAUCUCCGUACCAAGAGCACCGGCGGAGCUCCCACCUUCAACAUCACUGUCACCAUGACUGCCAAGACGCUAGUCCUGCUGAUGGGCAAAGAAGGUGUCCACGGCGGGAUGAUCAACAAGAAAUGUUAGGAAAUGGCCUCCCACCUGCGGCGUUCCCAGUACUGACCUCGUCCAUCCCUCCCCCCCACCACCCCCACUGCUUUUGCACCCCUCUCCUUCCCAUACACACAC